UUCAUAUACCAAACAUACCAAAUACUAUCAUUUUAAAUAUCACUAUUUUUUUAUUUAGUGCAUGAGAUUAAUUAGAUAUUAAUCAUCUAAUAAUCAAGUGUUUACUAACUAAAUUUCCAUGGAAUAUUUUCUAGAAGGCAAAACUAUUUUCAUUACUGGUGCUACUGGUUUUCUUGCAAAGAUUCUAGUAGAGAAAAUACUUCGACUUCAGCCAAAUGUGAAAAAAUUAUUCCUUUUAGUAAGAGCUUCAGACACAAAAUCAGCCAAAAAACGUUUUAAUGACGAGGUUAUGCAGACUGAAUUAUUUAUUGUUCUAAGAGAAAAAAUAGGUGUAAAUAAUCUAAAUUCUCUCAUAGAAGAGAAAGUAUUUCCAAUUGCUGGUGAUAUUUCAUUUGAGGAUUUUGGAAUUGAAAAUUCAGAGAUGAAAAAUGAAAUGUUCAAAGAAAUUGACAUAAUCAUAAACUCAGCUGCAACUACUAGAUUUGAUGAGAGAUAUGAUAUUGCAAUGAAUAUCAAUGUCCAAGGUGCUGUUAAUGUCCUCAAUUUUGCUAAAAGAUGUGUAAAUGUGAAGAUUAUUAUUCAUGUAUCAACUGCUUAUGUUUGUGGGGAAGGUGAAGGAAUAAUACAAGAAAAAUCAUUCACUUUGGGUGAAACACUAAACAAAAAUUCAAAAUUAGACAUUGAUGUUGAGAAGAAAGUGAUAGAGGAAAAACUCAAAGAACUUGAAGCUCAAAGAUUGACAAGAAAAGAAGUGACAAUGGCCAUGAGAGAUCUAGGCAUUCAAAGGGCAAAUUUGCAUGGGUGGCCAAACACAUAUUCCUUCACAAAGGCAAUGGGAGAGAUGCUUUUAGGACACUUAAAAGAGAAUCUACAACUUGUUAUAAUACGUCCAACAAUUAUUACUAGCACUUAUAAAGAGCCAUUUCCAGGAUGGAUCGAAGGAGUGAAAACAGUGGAUUCUUUUAUUUUGGCAUAUGGUAAAGGUGUAUUGAAUUUCUGCUUUGGUGAUCCAAACUCAAAAAUUGACAUGAUUCCAGGUGAUAUGGUGGUGAACUCAAUACUUGCAGCAAUUAUAGCACAUAUUGGAAAGGAUCGAUAUUAUUCUUCUCAAGAAUUAAUAUAUCAUAUAAGUUCUUCGAAAAGAAAUCCCCUAAAAUCUUCAGAUAUUCGAUUAUUUUUAUUUCAGUACUUUACCAAAAAUCCAUGGAUCAACAAAGAUGGGAAAAUCAUCAAAGUGGGAAUGCCUACACUAUUUAGCAACAUGGAUAGCUUUCAAAAAUACAUUUCAACCUAUUAUUGGCCAUUGCUAAAGAUAGUAGAGUUGGUCAAUGUAUUAUCAUGGCAUCGUUUUGACAAAACAUACACGGAUUUGAAAAGGAAGAUUGAUAUGUCUAUACGUCUAUGUGAACUCUACAAACCCUAUGUGCUUUUCCAUGGAAGCUUUGAUGAUUGUAACACUGAGAGAUUGAGAAUGACAAUGAAAGGCUACAACAUGGAUGAUAAGCUCAAUUUUGAUCCAAAUUGCAUCAAGUGGGAAGAUUAUUUCAUGAAGACUCACCUUCCUGGAGCUGUGAAGCACAUAUUCUAGGGGAUUAUUAAGAUUCUAAAAUAAGAUUCAUGUAUUAAUUAAUUAAUUAUUUAAUUCUUCUCCAGCUUAUUAUAUAAGAAUUAUGUAUUGUUUGCAAUAAAAGUGUUUACAUUCUUCUAAAUGUUUGUCUAGGACACAACUAUGCACUAUAUAAGAUUAUUGUCUAUGUG